GAAUAGCAAUUGAAACAAACAAAUUGCACACAUCAUUGAAAAGGUGAAGAUUGUCCAACAAACUUCAUUAACAAUAGAGGAACAUACCGAUUGCAGUUGCCAUUAGCAAGAUGCGCAAACUACAGAUUCAAGUGCUCACACGUGAUGGUCGUAAGAGCAUCUAUGAGACGGAUCGCUUUCGGAAUGUGGCUGACUUAAAGAAACGAAUUGGUCGCACCAUGAACGUGCCAAUGGCGUUCAGCAGGCUGACAUAUAAGGGACGGUUGCUGACUAACGGUAGCAUCCUGGAGGAUGAAGGGGUCAAGCGCAUGUCCACGCUGGAGUUACACUGGCAGCCGCUGGUGCUGACGCCCAAGCAGUAUCGCGAGAAGGAGUUGGAGCUGGACAAGCAGGAUCUGAAGCAGCGCCAUGUGUCACGCAUUGUCGACAGCUACGACCAGACAGUCAAGAAGGGCAUCCAAGAUCGCACUCCCAGUGCUGUUCGCCGCACAUGCGAUCAAUUGAAGGACAAACGUUCGCCCAGCUCCGAUGACAUAAAGGAGCCUCAGCAGCAACAGCCCAGGGAGCAUGAGCCUGAGGAGCAAAGCUCUGCAUCUUCAGAUGAAUUGGAUUUCCUGGCCGCAUAUUGGUGCUGCCCCAAAAGUGAUAGCAAGAAGAGAAGCAAGGCCGUGGAUUAUGAGCCCAAUAUAAAAAAACAGGACAGUAAUGCCAAUCUCAGAGCGGAUGCUAAGAAGCUGGACAUUAUUUGUGAGCUUCAGAGUUCGGUUUCUUGCUCGGAGCACUCUUGCAAUAAGCUCAAAGAAGCUGAUGAUGAUCUGUUGGUCGAGCUUCUGGAGCAGCGCUGUCUGGGCUGCAAGCAUCAACCAUUCCGCACCGGAAUACGCCUGACAGCUGGCCGAAUGUCUCAUAGUAUCAUCUCCAAUAUCAGGAAGAACAUAAAGAAUUGCAAGAAGUAAAUAGUUAAAAUGUGGCUGCAAGCAACUGGCCUACAGAUUUUGGAUCAGGAAUUGGAAAAUUAUUUGAUUUCUUUAUUAGUUCCCAUUUUGGUUUAAUUUCCAUUCGGUUAACAAAAUUACAAUAUGUACGCCUUGCAAAAUGCAGCAAUUCAAAAAAAAAAACAAAAACAAAAACGAAAUGAUAUGUCAAUCAUAUUGCAGUUUAUUCCAAAUUCUAAUUAUACCCAUCAUAAAUAUCCAAGCGGGA